AUGGAACAACCACCUGGUUUUGUUGCUCUAGAUAGCUCCUCUUAUGUUUGCAAAUUGCAUAAGUCCCUCUAUGGUUUGAAACAAGCACCCAGGGCCUGGUAUGACCAGCUAUAUACCUCUCUGCUAUCUCUAGGAUUUCAAGCCUCUCAAUCUGACACUUCCCUUUUUAUCCUCAAAGUGCCUCAUUUGGUCUUGAUUCUUGUCUAUGUCGAUGAUAUUAUCAUCACUGGUCCCUCUUCUGCAACUUGUCAAACAAUCAUUUCUAAACUUGGCACUCAAUUUCCUAUUAAGGACUUGGGACCCCUCCAUUACUUUUUGGGCCUUGAAGUGCAUCAAACUGAUCAUGGCAUUUUCCUUUCUCAGCAAAAAUAUGCUUUGGAUUUACUCUCCAAGGCCAAGAUGGAGGGUGCUAAACCUUGUGUAACUCCUAUAGGUUCCCUCAAGCUUGACCAUACUGGUCCUUUGUUACAAAAUCCUACAGAAUACAGAUCUUUGGCAGGUGCACUACAAUAUCUAACAUGGACCCGACCAGAUCUCUCCUUUGCUGUCAAUCAGGUAUGUCAAUUCAUGCACACUCCAAGGGAAUCACAUAUGCAGGCUGUCAAAAGAAUUCUUAGAUACCUCAAGGGCACCGUUACAGAUGGUCUGUGGUUCAAGAAAGGUCAUUUGAAUCUGGUUUCAUACUCUGAUGCUGACUGGGCCGGGUGCCACUUUGACAGACGAUCUACUAGUGGGUAUUGUGUGUUCUUUGGUCCAAAUCUAAUUAGUUGGAGUGCUAAGAAACAACCCACUGUUGCUAGAUCCUCUACAGAGGCUGAAUACAGAUCAUUAGCCAUUACUGCUGCUGAGCUUACCUGGAUAUGCAAGGUACUCACUGAUAUCGGAUUCUCCUUGCAUUCUACACCUCUCUUAUGGUGUGAUAAUAUUUCCGCCAUUUCUCUCGCUUCCAAUCCUGUUUUUCAUGCAAGGACCAAACAUGUUGAAUUAGACUACCACUACAUCAGAGAACUCGUUCUCAGUAAGGCUCUCACCGUACGGUAUGUCUGCAGUCAAGAUCAAAUAGCUGAUAUUCACACUAAAGCUCUUCCCAAGGAACGCUUUUUGCUCUUAAAGUCCAAGCUUUCUCUUCGGUCCCCUCCUCUCAGCUUGAGGGGGUGUAAAAGGACUAACAUGCAACCCACCAAGGUUACCUCAACAGAAGACACGUGCAACCCAUCUCAUGAUAGUUGUAAAGUUGGUUCAAACAUAUAA